CUGGAUUCUCCUGAAAAUUCGGUUGAUUUGGGCUCCGAACGGCUGAGAAACUGUGUUGUUGGUAGCGGACUAGCAGAAAAUUACCAACCGCCGGCGAUGGGAAUUCAUCUGCCAGGACGCAGGGAGCUGACCCUGCUGUGCCUUUUGUGGGGGCUGCUGUUGGGAGCCAGGGCCGAGAAGAUUCGCUACUCGGUGCCUGAAGAGACAGACAAAGGUUCCUUCGUGGGCAACAUCGCCAAGGACCUGGGCCUGGAACCCCAAGAGCUGGCGGAGCGCGGCGUCCGCAUCGUCUCCAGAGGUAAGACGCCCUUUUUUGCUCUGAACCUGCGGAGCGGCAGGUUGGUCACGGCGGGCAGGAUCGACCGCGAGGAGCUCUGCGCCCAGAGCGCGCGGUGCCUGGUGAACUUCAACAUCCUAUUACAGGAAAACAUGAAGCUUUUCCCUGUCGAAGUGGAAAUCAUUGAUAUUAAUGACCAUACUCCCCAAUUCCAGUUAGCAGAACUGGAAGUUAAGAUGAAUGAAAUAACCAAUGUAGGCACCAGGAUCCCUCUGCCAUUUGGGCAAGACCUCGAUGUGGGAAUGAACUCGCUCCAGAGCUACCAGCUCAGCCCCAACCCUCAUUUCUCCCUCGAUGUGCAACAGGGAGCGGACGGGCCCCUACAGCCAGAGAUGGUGCUACAGAGCCCCCUGGAUAGGGAAAAAGAAGCUGUCCACCACCUGGUGCUCACCGCCUCCGACGGAGGUGACCCAGUCCGCUCUGGCACCCUUCACAUACGUGUUCAGGUGGUGGAUGCCAACGACAAUCCUCCAGCGUUUGCUCAAGCUCAAUACCACAUAAGUGUCCCUGAGAACGUGCCACUGGGCACUCGCCUGCUCAUAGUCAAUGCUACAGACCCCGAUGAGGGAGUCAACGGGGAAGUAACGUACUCAUUUCACAAUAUAGACCACAAAAUGGCCCAAAUAUUUCAGCUGGAUUCUCAUACUGGAGAAAUAGUAAAUAAAGAACCAUUGGACUUUGAAGAGUAUGAAGUAUAUCCAAUGGAAAUUCAAGCUCAGGAUGGUGCAGGGCUCAUGGCCAGAGCCAAGGUGCUGGUCACAGUUCUAGAUGUGAAUGAUAAUGCCCCUGAGAUGACCAUGACUUCUGUUACCAGCUCAGUUCCUGAAGAUGCUCCCCCAGGAACCAUGAUUGCCCUUUUCAACGUGCACGACAAGGACUCUGGGCAGAACGCAUUUCUCCAAUGUUCACUCCCACAGGACCUUCCUUUCAAAUUAGAGAGGUCGGUGGACAACUACUAUCGACUAGUUACAACCAAGCCCCUGGACAGGGAACAGAUUUCCCUCUACAACAUCAGUGUGACCGCUAACGAUGAAGGGAACCCGCCUCUGUCCUCCAAUGCUCAAGUUUUACUGCAGGUGACAGACAUCAAUGACAACCCGCCUGCCUUCCUACAGACUUCCUAUUCUGCCUACAUUCCCGAAAACAAUCUUAGAGGCGCCUCCAUCUUUUCUGUGAUGGCCCAUGACCCUGACAGCGGUGACAACGCACAUGUAACCUACUCUUUGGUGGAGCAAACCAUCCAGGAGGCGCCCCUGUCCUCCUAUGUCUCCAUCAAUGCAGACACAGGAGUCUUAUAUGCCUUGAGCUCCUUUGACUAUGAGCAGUUUCGAGCCCUGCACCUGUGGGUGGCUGCCAGUGACAGCGGGGACCCAUCCCUCAGCAGCAACGUGUCACUAAGCCUGUUAGUGCUGGACCAGAAUGACAAUGCUCCUGAGAUCCUGUACCCCACGCUCCCCACCGAUGGCUCUACUGGUGUGGAACUAGCGCCUCGCUCUGCAGAGCCGGGCUACCUGGUCACCAAGGUGGUGGCGGUGGACAGAGACUCUGGACAGAACGCCUGGCUGUCCUACCGCCUGCUCAAGGCCAGCGAGCCAGGGCUCUUCGCGGUGGGCGUGCACACAGGCGAGGUGCGCACAGCGCGGGCCCUGCAGGACAGGGAUGCGCUCAAGCAGAGCCUGGUGGUGGCUGUGCAAGACCACGGUCAGCCUCCUCUCUCUGCCACCAUCACGCUCACCGUGGCCGUGGCUGACAGCAUCCCUGAAGUCCUAGCCGACCUGGACAGCAUCAAGGCCCCUGCAGACCCUGAUGACUCAGGCCUCACGCUGUACCUGGUGGUGGCUGUAGCGGUGGUCUCCUGCGUCUUCCUGGCCUUUGUCAUUGUGCUGACAGCACUCAGGCUUCACCGCUGGCACAAGUCACGCUUGCUCCGGGGUAGAGGCAUGGCAGAUGUGUCCGCCUCUCACUUUGUGGAUGUGGACGGGGUGCGGGCUUUCCUGCAGACCUAUUCCCAUGAGGUCUCACUCACCGCAGACUCCCAGAGGAGCCACCUGAUCUUCCCGCAGCCCAACUACGCCGACACACUCAUCAGCCAUGACACCUGUGAGGACAGGGAUCUUCUGUCAGCACCUCAGUCUUUACUGGAAGACAAAAAGGAAACAUUUCCUCAGGUAAACUCUUGA